GAGGCCGGAGCGCGGUCGCGGCGUCAGUUGGUGUUUGGCCGCCGUGACGGGAGGGUUAAGGUUGACACGAUGCCGAAGGAAAUAGCCAACAUGUUCAAUCCGGCCCUCAAAGUAUCCCAAAUCUCGCACUGUUCCUCCAUGGAACAGUACAAGCAGAUGCACGAGAAGUCCCUCAAGGACCCCGAGGCGUUCUGGGGGGAGAUAGCCAAGCAGUUCCAUUUCGAGGAGAAGGUGAAAGGCAAAUUUCUGGACUACAAUUUUGACACUUCGAAAGGAAAGAUAUUUGUGCGUUGGAUGGAAGGCGCCAAGACCAACAUUUGCUACAACUGUCUUGAUCGGCAUGUCCUGGCGGGCAAGGGAGAGCAAAUCGCUUUCUACUGGGAGGGGAACGACCCUGCCGACGCCGAGGUGGUGACUUACGCGCAGCUGCUGAAGGAUGUGUGUCGCGUGGCCAACGUGCUGAAGGCGAAGGGCGUGACAAAGGGUGACUGUGUGGCCAUCUACAUGCCCAUGGUGAAGCAGCUCGUGGUGGCCAUGCUCGCCGUGGCCAGGAUCGGGGCCGUGCACUCCAUUGUGUUUGGUGGGUACUCUGCAGACAGCCUUGCUGACCGCAUGCUGGAUGCUCAAGCAUCAGUACUCAUCACUGCUGAUGCUGUGUGGAGAGGACCCAAGCUUAUUGCCCUCAAAGAGAUUGCUGAUGAUGCACUGAAGCUGUGUCGUGGCAAGGGCCUGGAGGUGAAGAUGAACCUGGUAGUGCAGCACAUGAACAAUGUUACUGCCCCCCAACCCUCCAACGGUUCUGCAGCUAAUGGUAAUCCAGCCAAGAAGACUCACUUUGAUGAUAAGGGCAACUACAAGGUAGUUAACUGGGACUCAUCAGUGGAUUUAUGGUGGCACGAAGUGGUGUCUACCUCCAGCAGUGAGUGUGACCCUGAGUGGAUGGACACAGAGGAUCCACUCUUCAUGCUCUACACCAGUGGUAGCACAGGUAAGCCCAAAGGAGUCUUACACACCAUUGGGGGCUACAUGCUCUACACUGCCACCACUUUCAAGUAUUCCUUUGACUACCACCCUGGAGAUGUCUACUUUUGCACUGCAGACAUUGGCUGGAUCACUGGCCACUCCUAUGUUACCUAUGGACCCCUGUUGAAUGGGGCCACAUCUGUCCUGUUUGAAGGUGUCCCAACGUAUCCUCACACAGGCCGAUUCUGGGAGAUUAUUGAGAAGUACAAAGUUAGUAAAUUUUACACAGCCCCUACGGCUAUAAGGACCCUCAUGAAGUUUGGAGACGAACCUGUGAAGAAGUAUGACCUCUCGAGUCUUGCUGUACUUGGGAGUGUUGGGGAGCCUAUCAAUCCUGAAGCCUGGCUGUGGUACUACCGUGUUGUUGGUGAUAGCAACGUUUCCAUUGUGGACACUUUCUGGCAGACUGAAACUGGAGGUCACGUCAUUACUCCUCUUCCUGGAGCCACACCAUGCAAGCCAGGGUCUGCUUGCUUCCCCUUCUUUGGGGUGGAGGUCGCUUUAUUGGAUGAGGAGGGUCAAGAGAUUAAAGGUGAAGGAGAGGGCUACCUUGUGUUUCGCCGACCCUGGCCAGGCAUUAUGCGGACAGUGUAUGGCAACCAUGAACGCUUUGAAACUACCUAUUUCAAGAAGUUCCCUGGAUUCUACUGCACUGGGGAUGGAGCAAGGAGGGAUAGCGAUGGAUACAUCUGGGUGACAGGUCGCAUUGAUGAUAUGCUGAAUGUCUCAGGCCACCUCCUGUCCACUGCACAGGUGGAGAGUGCACUAGUGGAGCACUCCUCUGUUGCUGAGGCAGCUGCAGUAGCUCGGCCUCACAUUGUUAAGGGGGAGUGUCUCUACUGUUUUGUGACACUUACUGAGGGUAUCCAGUUUGAAGACAAGCUUGUGGGAGAGCUAAAGACCAAAGUUCGGUCUAAGAUCGGACCAUUCGCCACACCAGACUUCAUGCAGCUUGCACCAGGCCUGCCAAAAACCAGGUCAGGCAAGAUCAUGCGGCGGGUGUUGCGCAAGAUAGCUGUGGGAGACAGGGACUUUGGGGAUAUCUCAACCCUUGCUGACCCAAGUAUUGUUGAAAAGCUCUUUGAACUCAGACCCAAGGGGGCCAGCAAGUAGUUUGUGAUAGACAAAUAAUUUUAAAAAAUUAUUCAUACUUUGUGAUUUUUGUCAAAUUGCAAAAUUAUUAUUAUUAUUAUUAUUAUUAUUAUUAUUAUUAUUAUUAUUAUUAUUAUUAUUAUUAUUAUUAUUAUUAUUAUUAUUAUUAUUUAUUUAUUUAUUUUAUUUUUUAUUUUUUUAUCAGUGAAUUUGGUGUGGGCAGUCAGACUAUUGUCAGAGUUCAUCAGAUACUAAUGUUAUACAUUUUCAACAUGUCGUAUAUGCAUGAGCCACAUUGAAUGAGGCUUACCUGCCAUUGCAGUGCUCAGUGGUCCAAAGUUUUCACAGCUUAUGAAUCAUUGAUAUGAGAUGUGUACUAUUUAAGUAUUUGUUGUGGUUGUGGAAAUAUUUUAUCUUUUUGUGGGGAUCUUUAAUUACAUUAUUCUUCAGUCAUACUAAAGUGUCAUUGAGUUAUUUUAUCAUAAUAAUUUACUAGUGCUGUCUUUUAAUGAUGGCAACUCAUCAUCAUUCCUCUUCUUUUUAUAAGACCAUACAAUGUCAUAUGAUGACAAAUUAAAAUAAAGAUAUUUUUAUAUUUUGAUGUUUUAACUUGUUCACAUAUAAUUUUAUCAGUAUGUAAACUUUUGUAUAUUGUUUAUUUUAAUGGCUAGCAUCAAGCAAAGCAAUAGUAGCCCAGAAGAUACUCCUGCAUACAUAUACAAAGUAACAUUUAUUGAUAGAAAAAAUCAUGUUGCCUUUAUCAUGAAUGCAUACUUUCCUUGUGAGGAAAGUAAUUUCUGGGUGAGUGUUCCUAGAUAGUUAGAGAAUUUGCUUAUGGCCUUUCUUCAGCAACCUUUCUCAGUGUCAAGGGUUGCAGGUGGGUGUAGGAUCUUUGAGGAGUAAGCCCGUCCAGAUGCAGCAUCAGAAACAAGUUACUGAAUAGUCAAAGAAAAAUAUUUUGAUCUUGGCUGUUUAGAUAAGAAAUUCUUAUAGUUCUUGAAUCAUCUAAAGGUAUAUAUAUGAAAGAAAGACUGAUUAAGGUGCUACAAUGAAAAGUAGAAAAUUGUAAGGCUAUUUUACAUGUUCAUUUAUGCAUCUUGAGUAUCUCACAGAAUAAGACCACACUGCAUCUUUAAACUUGGAGUGCUGCCAUAGUUUUAUUUUUAGUUUUAUUUCGUUUUUUCAUGUAGCAGACAAUAAUUAAUUCAUGAUAAAAUCCUGGAUUUGAUUGGCAUAGAUGGUGAAGAGAUCAGAAAACUAAAAGGAUAUACGUACUAGUAGUCAAUAUAAUGCAAGUAUGUUCCAUUAAUUCUUGUUUCAGAGUUUGGCAUCUGCGGUCUCAUGGCAAGGAAAUGAACUAAGAACUAAGUUAUUACUGAUUAUUUUUUUGUGUGAGAAUUGCAGCUACUUUAAAAGAUUAUUCAGCUAAGUAAAUUUUGAUCAUCUUAGAACCUUACUUUUUCGACAUUACUAUACUUUAUAUAUUAUAUCUAUGAAUAUUGAUUAUCUAUAAGAAAUCAAAGGUAGAUAAUGGUCAGAACUGUUUCUUAUACACUGCACUGCCUAAACUUUUAUGGUGGGUUGUUGAAUUGUUUUUACACAAUCUGUGGUUCAUAAGCGUUGCUAAGAAGCCAUAAUGAGUCUAGUCAUGGUGGGAGUGGUCUAAAAGAAAUCAGCAAUACAUCUUGAAUGGAAGUGGGAAAAAAAGCAAAAUGGUUUGUAUUUAAAAUGCAUAAAGAUAGGUUAAAAAUCUUUAUGAAGCUGACAUGUCAUUAUUUUUAUAGAGAAGUCAAGAAAAUAAAUUUGUGCUGCUUAUUUUGUUUUGGUAUGUACAUGAGCUCAAAGUAAUACUUUGAUAAUACUCAAGGUAACAGUCACUCCCCACACUAGUCAAAAUCUUUGGGAAAAUUAAGUAAUGCUAACUUUUAUAAGAUAUGCAAGAUUUAAAAAUGUCCAACAAUAAUAAUUUACUUGAUGUGAUGUAUAAAAUGUGGCAAGAGAUUUAUUCAAGUGUUAACCGGUGUUCUUGUUCCAGUUGAUUAUUUAAGUCUGUCAGAUGUUUACAUGAAGUCUGUUGUUCUGGGUACUGUUGAAGUUAAAUUUAAGCAAAUUGUUAAGUGUUGUGUUAUUCUGCAUAUGUUUGUUGCCACAUGCUGAGGCCCCAUAACAAUACAGUGGGCUAUGAAGAUUAUCAAUGUUGUUGGUUGAAACAGUUUGAAAGCAAUGGAUAAUGGAUGACAAGUUUUCCUUUUCCUAGGAAGAGAGCAACAGCAUGAUGUAGUGACAACAGAUUUUAACAGUUAUCUCUUAUGUGUUAAUAUUGUGACCUGCACAACUGCCUCUCAAAGUGUGUACACAGCAACCAUGUGGGUACUGAAGUUUCAGCAUAUGACUUGAGUCCAAGUGUUGCUGUAAAGACAGGCAUGCAUAAUGCUGUUUAGAUAUGUUGUAGGAGUGUUGUGAUAUUUCUAAAAUAUUAUUUUAGUGAAAAUACCUUUAUUCAGUUAUGAUAGUGUAUUAGGUGUGUGCUGCUGUGUCACAUGAUCCCACAUCUUAGCAGCAUGAUAAUUAUGAAGAGUAAAAAAAGGAAGACUUGAGAUGUAACAAAGUUUUGUAAUGUAUAAAUUAAGACUUAUUAUACAGCUGACAGACACCGAAUUACAUUUUAUUUACUUGGAUUUAGAGCUUCCUUAUUCUGUAAUGAAUUGUGGACAUUAAAGUUGACUGUAAAAACAAUGUGCACUGAACUGUACACAUUUUGGGAGGUUAGCCACUAUAGUGAUAUGCACUCCAGUAGGAACACAAAUGGUGAAGAUUCAAAAUUGAAGAACAGAGUUUGUGUGUUGUAGAGUUGUAUAUUUACCAAAUAAUUGUACAUGUCAUAAUAUUUUUUGCACAUUGAUAAAAUUAGAUUUGCACAAUAGUAUGAUAUUAGCUAGAGUGUGGAUGGUAAAGUUAUUAAUUCAAACAAACUCAAUACUGAACUUCCCCUUAGUUAUAACUUAUUAAGGUUAUGUUUUUGUAACAAAAGCUUUAAGUGAAAUUUGUCGUUUCCCAAUUUUGGUUGUGUUUCAGAGGUACUGUGCCUAGAGGUUGUAAUAGUGAAAAUCAUUAUAGUUGGAGUUAUUGUGUGGACCAUAAACUUAAAUUCAAAACGCCACUCGAGACGUUUGUAAUGGGUUAAAAGAAGCGAUCCCCGCGAAGUGUUCAUAAAGUAAAUAUAAACGCUAGACAAAUGUAGGACACUACGGGCAUUUAGUUCAGGCCCUUUACACUAAAACUAGAUAAAUACUACAGGCAAUAACUUACAACAGUCAACACAACAUAAUCAUAUGAGAGCUGUAUGUUUAGUUUUGCUUACAUUCCAGUGUACUGUAUAUAUUUUUCAGUUCAUUUAUCAUCCUUAUGUACUUAUUUUAUAUUUCAGGGAUUAAAUAUGAAUGAAUCAAUGUA